AUGGCAUUCCGCCUCGCCCUACGCCGCGGCCCCAGCGCCUUCUUCUCCCCCGCCUCCGCCUCUGCUUCUUCGUUCGCAGCGCGCCGGUUCCACGCCACGCCGCGGGCCUUUGUCAAGGUGGGCGAGCCGAUCCCCAGCUUGGAGGUGCUGCAGGAGGGGUCCCCGGGCAACAAGGUCAACCUGGCGCAGGAGUUCGAAGCGGCCAACGGGGUGAUUGUCGGCGUGCCUGCCGCCUUCUCGGGCGCGUGCUCCGAGAAACAUAUCCCGAGCUAUAUCCAGAGCCCGAAGCUGAGGGAUGCGGGCAGGGUGUUUGUUGUUAGUGUUAAUGAUGCUUUUGUCAUGAAGGCAUGGGGCGACCAGCUUGAUCCCACACACGAGUCCGGUAUCCGAUUCCUAGCUGACCCCGCCGGCGAAUUCACCAAGGCCCUAGACCUGGGCUUUGACGCCCCGGCCAUCUUCGGCGGCAUGCGGGCCAAGCGCUAUGCCUUGGUCGUCGAGAACGGCAAGGUCAAGUCUGUGCACGUCGAGCCGGAUAAUACCGGAACCGACGUUUCCAUGGCCGACAAAGUUCUGGGUUAG